GACCAGCCCUGACAAAUGACAAUGGCAUCGGGAACUGCAUUGAUUUAUGAUGAUGAAAUGACAAGUUACAAACUACUUUGGGAUGACCCCAUCUGUGAUAUUGAAGUGCCGGAAAGACUGUUAUCCUCCUAUGAUCAACUUAAACAUUAUGAUCUUGUGGACAGAUGUGUCCGUAUACCUGUCAGGGAAGGAACUGAGGAAGAGAUCAUGUUGGUUCACAGUUCCGAAUACUUGGAAGUUAUAAAGAGCACCCAGACAAUGAAUGAAGAAGAACUCCAAAGAGUCUCAAAACAUUAUGAUGCUGUUUACUUUCAUCCGAAUACUUACCGCUGUGCUAAACUAGCAGUAGGAGCAACUUUGCAACUGGUGGAUUCUGUGAUGUCCGGAAAAGUGCACAAUGGAAUGGCAUUAGUAAGGCCUCCAGGUCAUCACAGCCAGCGAAAUGCAGCCAAUGGAUUCUGUGUGUUCAAUAAUGUUGCUAUUGCAGCCCAGUAUGCAAAAAGAAGAUACGGUCUACAAAGAAUUCUCAUUGUUGACUGGGAUGUGCACCAUGGGCAAGGAAUUCAAUAUAUAUUUGAAAAGGAUCCCAGUGUUCUCUAUUUCUCCUGGCAUCGCUAUGAACAUCAGCAGUUUUGGCCCUUACUCAGAGAGUCUGAUUAUGAUGCAGUUGGUCAGGAAAAUGGAAAAGGAUUCAAUAUAAAUGUACCUUGGAAUAAGGUUGGAAUGGGAAAUUCAGAUUAUCUAGCUGCAUUUUUCCAUGUGUUGCUUCCAGUGGCUUUUGAGUUUGCUCCAGAACUUAUUCUGGUAUCUUCUGGAUAUGAUUCAGGAAUUGGUGACCCUGAGGGUCAGAUGACUGCUACUCCGGAGUGUUUUGCCCACCUUACACAUUUCCUAAUGCAGUUAGCUAACGGAAGGUUAUGUGCAGUUCUAGAGGGCGGAUACCAUUUGAAGUCAUUGUCCGAAUCAGUCUGCAUGACUGUAAAAACUUUGCUUAGAGACCCUCUCCCUCAGAUCUCUGGAGAAAUGGCACCAUGCUUAAGUGCUAUUGAGUCUAUACAAAAUGUGAGAGCUGCACAUAAACCAUACUGGAAAUGUUUGAUGUAUGAAGAAACAGCUCCUUUAAAAGAUCUCAGUACCAAAUCACAACAGGUGAUGGAGGCUCAGCUAACUCAAACUAGUACACAUCCCACAGCAGAGCAAGCAGUUGGGAACACUAAUCGUGAUGAAGCCAUCAAAACAGACAAGUUUUUGGAAUCACAUAUGAAAAGAAUUCUCUUUCCAGUGCCUCCUGUUAAAACAGCAGCAUCAAUUGUCUCUAAAGCUGAUGCACAUUUUCUACCAUUAUCUGUUCAAGUGGAGAUGGAAAUGAGUGCACAAGAACGGAAAACUCUUGUCAGUGGAUUUGAUGCAGAGCUUGUGAAGGAAGAGAAAGCUUUGCUCUCUCUUCAGAAUGUGGUGGCUGUCCUAGAUAAAAUACUAAAGAAGGAGGUGUGCAAUGGAAUUGUAGACGCAUCUGUGGCUUCUGUUUCUACUACCAUUGCACUAAAGCACUGCUUUGAUUUUGGAUUACAAAGAGUGCUCUGCAUAAUUGUUGGAGACAUGGAUCUUGAACUCAGCUUAGAUGAUGGAAAAAUUCUUUUCAUGAACAUUUGCCAGAAACAACAAACUGAAAAGACCAACUCCAAAUACCGUAUUUCUCUGAACUGGAAAGAGGAUACAGAAAGAAACAAUUUCUUUUAUGCUGUACUUGGAUUCAUUCUUCCUAUAGCAUAUAACUAUCAACCUGAUUUAAUGAUAAUAGUCAUUGGACCAAACAGGAGCCUUGGUGUAAAUGGGAUUUCUCUGCUUACUAGUUUACUGCAAGGAUUAGCUGAAUCCCGAAUUCUUGUGGUAAUUCAGGACAUAGAAAUAAAACUAGUACGAAGUGUGGCUACAACUUUGACUGGUGUUUCUAUACCUGACUUUGGAGUCUAUGCACCUGCUUCCCAAGAAAAUGUACUUGAAAUAAAACGAUUGAGACACCAAUUUAAACAGGAAUGGAAAAUGCUCCAGUGUUCAGUAAGAGACUAGAUUGUUGGAAACUGAAGUCACUUGACUAGCUCUAUCAUUUGACACAUUUCGUCAUAACAGAAAGAAAAAAAUUGUCACUUUUGGUUUUCUUUUAAAUCAGUAAACGAAGAGAUUAUCAUACUAUGGCCACAGCCAUUUACAAUUGUGUUAUGACUUUUUAUUAAAUAUUUUUGUUUAAAAAGGCCACAUUUUUAGCUGAGAGCUCUUGCUGUGAGUCUGCAAAUUGUGCAUGUAUGAAGUUAUUCAUGCAAAACCUGCAUUUACAUGUAACUCCCUAUCAAAUGAUUUUGCUGCUUUUAAAUGCAUGUUCUAUCCGGGAUAGCAUUUACCAUAUUAAUUCUCUUGCCAUACCCAGCAUCUUUCUAUAUGAAUUCCAAUGGUUGAAUGCUGUAAAUUUGUGGUAUCUAGCUCAUACUGAAAUAUUCAUAAUUUUAAAAGUAGUUUGUUAACAGGAACUUUGUUUUUCAUUCUUCACUCUCCCAAUUAAGAUUGGAAAUUAGUAGGGUCUGUAAAUGAUAAAAAAAGAAGUAAUUAAAAGAAUAAAUAUCAGUUUUAAAAAUAAAGCGCUUUACUAAGAACUAUUUUAAUCUUCCAAGCAAUGGAGAGAUUGUAUGUUUUCUACAUAUAGGAAUAUUAAUAUUUUAUCAUGAUUAAGCACAAUGAACAAGGUGAACAUUUGAAAAUGUAUAAAAAUAGCUACGUUUAUGUGGUGACAUAGCUCAGUUGUCAGCGUAAAACUAAUGCAUCUAACAAAAUGAGCUCAGGGUAUUAAUUCCAGAUCCCAAAAUAUAAAGCAGUGCCUUUUUUUACUUAUCUCUACGAAGUCUAUUCCUGUCACUUGGAUUGAAAUACAUGGUAGAUAUUUUAUAUGUGAACUUUCAUCCAUGUUUAACUUGCUCAAGUCAAAAAUAAGGUUAUCAAGAGCUGAGCCACAGAAGGAAGAGACUAGCCAGCUCUGAAAGCCUCAGCCCCAGCCAGACUCCCAGGGUUAGCGUGCUCCCUGCUAUGGAGAAGGGAGCCUUAGAGCCCGAGGCUCUAAUUGUGUUUUAUUGAAGUUUUGCCAAAUAUGCAACACAUUUAACAAAAUGGUUUGGUCUCGUGACUCAUCCUUUACUGAAAAUUUAUGAGUAGCCCUACUCAUAAGUUGCUUAGGCUUCUCUUUGAUUUAGCUGCUUUUGAAAAUUCUACCUAAAACAACUACUCAUAUGCUUAAAAUUAAGUAUAUAGAUUGCAAGAUUGGGGCCCAUGUGGGAACACAACAUGUAACAGUACUUACGUCAAAACAAUCUGAAUAUCACAACUUUAAAUUGUAGUAAUGUUCUAUUAAUAUGGGUCACCAUAUAACUAGUCCUAUUUUGGCUUCUGUAGCUCAUACUGAAUUUUGACUGGAGGUCAGAAGGAAGCAGUUUUCCAUACUGUGAGAGCUUUUGAGAUUUUGAAAACUUUUACUGUCCCAAAUUGGGAUGAAAAUUCAAAAUCUGAUUCUCAUGAACCAAAAAAUUCAUACCAGGUCAACUGAAACAUUUACUUUUUAUUUUGACUUUUUAAAACUAUACAGAAACUUAAAUUUCUAAACAAAAAGUUAUUUUAAUUGAAAAAUUAAAUAGUUUCAAAUUUCAAAACUAAUUUCAUUUUUUCCCCAAAAAUGGUAAAUUUGUCUAAACCAACCAUCUCCUUGCAAAAUGUUUUACAUGGUCAGCAUUUUCUGAUGGCAAAAACAUUUUGUUGAAGUUAUACUUCCAACCUGCCUUCAUUAAAUUGUAAUAUUCUGUAGUCAAUGCUAGAAUGACACAAAGAUUUUUGUAUUUUAAAUUAUUUUAAUUUGAGCUCUUUAUCAAACUAAAUGGAAUAUUUUCAAGUACGAUUUUUUCAGUAGGAUUACUUUGCAUAUAAAUUCAAAAGAUUGUUUUUAAAGGUUGAUAUGUAUUAGCCAACUAUUACAAUAAAAAUUGUUUAUUUCUGUACAUUAACUGUCUUCC